AUGGCACCAACUCGAUGCCUCAUCAUCUUUGUCGUGAUGAUGGCGAUCAAGAUAUUGCUCAUUCCUAGUUAUUUUAGUACGGAUUUUGAAGUGCAUCGGAAUUGGUUGGCCAUCACUCAUAGUCUUCCGUUAACUCAAUGGUAUCAUGAUACAAGCUCGGAGAAUGCAACAUUGGAUUAUCCUCCUUUUUUUGCAUUCUUUGAAAAAUUACUAAGUUUCAUUGGAUGUAAUUCAUUUUGGGCAAAGUUCGAGCAUGGUAUCAAUGAUAAUUCUACCACUACUACUUCUACAUUCUUUGGAAAUGAACCCAUAUGGUGCCAUGUACAAAGAGGUGUCCAUGUACAAACACUUCCAUUAAUAAUUUUUCAACGAUUGACUGUUAUAUUUAUUAGUGAUUUCAUUUAUUUCCUUGCUUGUGUUUGCUGGGUUUCAGGCAACGAGAAUGAAUUCUUGAAAAAACAUUUUCAAUUAAUUUUAUUGUAUGGUUGUCCAGGAUUAAUCAUUGUUGAUAACAUUCAUUUCCAGUAUAAUGGAAUAUUAUUUGGAAUAUUUUUGUUUUCAUUGUUAGCUUUAAGAAAUGAACGAUAUAUUCUAUCUGGAAUUCUUUACUCGGUAUUACUGAAUAUGAAACAUUUAAAUUUAUAUAUGGCUCCAGCAUAUUUUCUAUUCCUCCUUUUGAAUUAUUGUUUGGAAAGUCGUGGAUCAAUCAUUGGUUUCCUAAGCAGAAUUAGCCGAUUGGGACUGAGUGUUAUUGGAAUAUUUGUGUUGAGUUUUGGACCAUUUUUGUUAAGCUCAGCAAGGAGCACGACCAUGGAUCCAUUGGUAGCCAUGAAGAUGGAAUUGAAUCAAAUUCUCUCGAGACUAUUUCCUUUUGAAAGGGGUUUAACACAUGCCUAUUGGGCACCUAAUUUUUGGGCACUCUACAACACUGCUGAUAAGAUGUUAGCAGUACUCUUUGGAAAAGUACUGAAAAUGGUAAAGCUUGAAGAAGGACAAACUGCUUCACUCACUGGAGGCCUUGUUGGACUCAACCAAGGUACUCACACCAUUCUUCCAACUAUCAGUCCGCGCAUUACCAUUGUACUUUGUCUUUUAUUUUCAUUCACACUUUGUGCCUAUUGUUUCAUAGAAGCAAGAUUCAAUCAGAGACGGAGAAGAAGUAAUAUACAGACCAUGUUACUGGCCAUAACAAAUUCAGUUUUUGCAUUCUUUAUGUUUGGCUGGCAUGUCCAUGAGAAGGCCAUUCUGAGCGCCUUGAUUCCUCUAGCUAUACUCGUGACCAUCUCGACUCACAAUUUCGAAAAUCAUUUUAAAUUAUUUGCUUUCACAUCCAUUGUUGGAACAUACUCCCUUUUCCCUUUAUUGUUCCAACCAAGAGAAUUACUGGUACGAUGGUUCCUAUUAAUUAGUUUUUUCCAAAUCAUCAGGUACAUUUGGAAUGCAACUACGAGACCUACCAGCACUAUAGAUUCAAAAGCUCCGUCAUUAUUUUCACUUACUGAAGCACUAUUUCUGUAUGGUUUGAUUUUUAUUGAGCUCUAUCAAUCUUGCAUUCACAAUUUGAUUUUUCAAGACAGACUUCCUUUUCUGCCUUUGAUGAUGAUUUCCUUUUACUGCUCCCUCGGUUUGCACUAUGCAUGGUCGAAAAUAAUUAUUACAACAAUAAGUCAUGACGAUUCUGUGAGGAAAGAGAAAAUAAACUAG